AUGGCCCCUGCUAACUCCGUCAAGUACGGUCCGCUCUGGAGAACGAUAACUUUUCAUCAAUUUGGGCUCAACGUAGACGAUCCCAAAGGACUAGGGAGGGACAAUUUCUGGCCGUCAACUCUGACGGCAGAUGUGGAGAGCCUCGUGGGGUACAAACUCACCAGUAUUUUCACCAGUGGUCGUGGCCGUGCAAAACAGCGAGUAUACAGAUGUGCGGCUCAUAGGGAUUGCAAGAGACAGGUGAAGGUUGAUUUCAGACCGCCUCACUUCGCUGAUAUCUUCAUUAGCGAACGUGAUCACAGUGGCGAGGAAAUCACUCACACACCCACUGGUAAUAUCAAGUUGCCUCAAGAUAUGCAGGCCAAGGUGGACGAUCUCCUGAAGGAGAAAACGCCAAUGCAGGUCUUCGCAAAAAUGCGCGAUAUAUUCGGACGCUCCUGGGACGACAUCGUCAUGUUAUAUACACCCCCUAAGAUACAGCAGUAUCUAGCGAAUCAUCGAAAGCAUAUUUUGAGGCGAGACGGUCAGCGAGCUACUACUUUCGACGAUCUGCUUGAGGAAGUUCGUUUGCAAGACUUCAAAAAGCUCACUACCACCGACUUAUCCAACAUAGCUGAACAGCUUCGAGGCACUCCGCUGAAUGCUCGUCAUAGCUCACCCCUUUUGGGACACUGGUAUGAGCUCAGUAUCGAGAGGCGGGAGGACAAACCUCGUAAGAGCUCUGUUGUUAUUUCGUCCAGAGGAGCAGUCGCCAGUCUCUUCAACGCCACAGACCCUACGGCGCAGUUUCUGAGGAAAGGCCCAGCGACUAACAUAUUCAAGCCGGCGGGGCUGACCAUCUGCAUAGAUGGUCACUUCCGAAGCUUCCGCAGUGGAAGCAUUUGCGUCAUUAUCCUAUCGGCUAUGCGAAUUGCAAACCCAAACGCGAAGCAGCUACGAAACGCGGCUUGCCCUUUGUUGGUUUGCCCCUCACUCACCGAGAAUAAGCAAGCUGUCCGUCAUAUGCUUGAGGUCUUCCAGAGAAUGGCCAUGGCCUUCCACAAGUCGCCGAUUCUACCAGUCAGGCUCGUAAGCGAUUCCGCCCCCGCGAUUGUGCGGGGCACGAAGAUGUGCUUUCCCAACAUUGUAGCUCAGCGCUGUCACUUCCAUGCUAAACAGCGAGUGGAUAGAGCUCCAGCGCCUUUGGAGGGCAAUAAGAGCUCGUACAAAAAUUUUGUACGCACAAGGCUCGACUGGCUCUUAAUUUGUGCUGGAACCGCCAUGUAUCAGAUGUACGCGCAGCUCGCUUUGGACGCUAUCUAUGAACGGUACGGUCUCGAGGCUAUGCGACUCUGGCAAUCAUCGUGGCUUCAAGUACAGGACUUCGGUGUCAUCCACUCUUCUGUAUGUCCGCUGGAGAUACUUAACCUCUCGGCCCCCCUCAGUACGACGAGCUCAACGAGCAAUUUGGCAGAGUCUGUAUUCAGCCGUCUCCGUACCUUCUUGGACUUCAGUAGAUGCAAAACCAUCAGCGGUGACAGAGGUUAUGUGCAUAAGCUGCGUAGUUUUUUAUCAACCUACAUUGAUACAGGAGCUGCUACUAGGGUGGAUGGUGCAGCUAGGGCAUGUCUGGACCACUUGUUACCCAUCCAGGAGGUGAAGGCCCGCGAUCGUCUGCGCAGUGCUCUAACGCGUGGAGUCACCAUUUGUCAUCCAUUUCUAGUGAGCUUCCCUGGAGUGGCCAAGCCCCUCAGAGUUUACGUUGUCAGCAGCUCCAAAAAGCCUGCAGGAGACAUUGUGGAGGCCAGGCGGAGGUUGAAUGUUGCCAUCAAUCCCGCAGGUAUCAACGGCUUGUACAACGACUUCCAAGCGUUCGAACGAGAAAUCAUUCUUAACUUUUUGGUCGUGGAUACGACCGAGAACCCGAGUUCUUGUUCAAUGUGGUUAUGCUCUUGCCCUUCUUACGCGUCUUUCACAACAUGCAGCCAUCAGUACAUUGCUGCGCAUGCCCUUGAUGGUGAUCUCGGUGGAAAUGGAUUUUCUUCUAUCCCUUUGGUAACUGUUAACUGGCCUGGUCGGCCUUCUAAAAGUCAAGGCCCUCUAAGACGGCAUGCCACAGAUAUCAGAUGCCAACGCCAGGCUGCUUCACAAGGGUCCUCUGCUCCUUCAAACCCGAUGUCGUUCUCACACUCGGGAGUCGCAAACGCACCUCAGGCGUCUCGUGCCAGUACUUCCUCUCCUUCCAACCCGAUGUCGUUCUCACACUCGGGAGUUGCAAACGCACAUCAGGAGUCUCAUGCCAGUACUUUCGUCCUUUCUAGCCUCUCGCAAUCGAUGGCUGAGAAGUCAGAGAGGAUGAAGAAGACAACGGCCGGCGGAGAGACUGCCGACUCAUCGCCCUCACGAGCAGUGACAAAACCCUCCACUGUGGGGGGCUGUGGAGGCUCCACAACGUCCAAUGCGGAAAUGGACCUGACUGCAAGGCAAGGGGUGUCACAGGAUGUUCUCGGAAAACGCAAGAUCCGUACCCCAUCUUGGUGGGAUGUCAAAACUGUCGGCAUUAAGAUCCGUCGCAAGUAA